AUGAACAUCGGUUUCAGGUAUUUUAUAUAAACACAGAUGAACUGUUUAUUCUAAAAGUGAAUCAUUUAUAAUGUGCGCAAAUCUAUUUUUUAUAGAAUGUUAACUGUUUGAGAACAUUAAUUAUGAUAUAUAUAAUAAAUAAUAAAGUGACUUUUUCUAAAAUUGUUUUAUUUCCAACAAAUAUAGAUACAUGACUAACAAUUAUUUUAAAAUCUAAUAAAUAAAUAAGAAUUCCCAGAUUUUACUAUUAAUGUAAAGUCAUGAUUUUAUUAAAGACACGAAGGCGAGUAUUAUGCUGCACUCUUUUUUUUUUUUUUUUUUUCAGUAAAAACCACAUAAUCACAUUCCUGGUAACAAGGUUAGCCAAUCAGCAACUCUUCUGUAGUAUAAUGGGCGGAGCCAAACCAAUGACGUCCUCUCUCUUGCGAUCCCAAUUAAGAUCGGACCAAACGAUAAUCCAACGAAUGGAGAACAAGUAAACCAAUCGUAGAUCAACAACUUCAACGGGCGCUCGUCAGACUCAAGAUUCACUUGAAGAGCGAAGUCAAGCUAGAAUUGAUAUUACUAUAUUUCUUUUCUCUAUCAAGAGCAAGCAUGUCAAACUUGCAGGCCGCAUGCGGCCCACAAUGGAUAUAUUUGCAGCCCACCUGCCCUGGGGCCACUUUGUGUUGUGGGUGUGACCAGCCGCAAGACAGGAAAGAGAUUUCCUGUAUGAUUCUUGACUUCCCUCCCACGGCCGAUCGUGUGCUCCCGCAGUGCCAACCACUCCCCCUUCCCUCCUGCUCGCAGUGCCAGCCACUCCCUCUUCCCUAAUGCCUGCAGUGCCAGAGGAGCGUCUGGCCUGCUUGAGAAGAGCAGGACUGGAACUGGAGGACGGGCUGCUCAUCUUAAGGUAGAGGAAGAGGGGCUUGUGGGACCUUCCUGUGUAGUGUAUUAAAUUGGGAAAGGGAGUAGGUAGUGUAUUAAUUUUAGGGAGGGGGUACUGUAUUAAUUUGGGGAAGGUAGGGGCAGUGUUUUAAUUAGGGGGAGGGAAUGGGGCAGUGUAUUAGAGAGGUGGGAGGGGGGCAGUGUAUUAAAUUGGGGGAGAGAGGGCAGUGUAUUAUAUUAGAGAGCUGGGAGAGCGGGCAGUUUAUUAGACUGGGUUUGCCUGGAGGCACUAUGUUAAUUGGCCACACAGGUUUUUACCACACAUGCACAAUAGCCUCCCAAUGCUUUCCGAUGAGAAAGCAUUGGAUUGGUUGAGAUCAUCAUUUGUUGCAGCUGUGCAACAGUUUACAUUCACCAUUUUAGUCCCAUUGCCAAACUGUUCUUAAUAUGUCAAGGCAGUGGCGGAUCCAGGGGGGGAGCAAAGGGGCAAUUGCCCGUCUCCCUCCCCUGCUAGACCUGCAAUGUGCCUGUGGACCGGAGGGGAGAUCAGAGAUCACAGAUCUCCCUCCCCGGUCCGCAGGCACUGUCCUGACAGCCGGCAGCGGAGGGAGAGGGAGGACCCGGAGCUCAGCCUGCAGCUCCUCCGGGUCCUCCUCUCGAGAGAUUUGGAGCGUUGCCGCGGUUACCACGGCAACGCUCCAAAUCUCGCAAGAGUGAACUCUAGCCCGGGAGCGUGGGCUAGAGUUCGCUCUCCCCACUGGGACCACCAAUGAAUCCCCCACCAGACCACCAGGGAUUAGAAAUGUCCCCCCUCCCCCCAGUAAAGGUAAGAAGGGAGGGGGGACAUAGAAUAUUUAUUUAAAUAAAAAUAAAAAUAUAUAUAUAUAUAUAUUAAAAAAAAAAAAAAGCCCCCAAACCCUUAUAUCACACCCACCCACACUGCCCCCCAUACACACUUACUGCCCCCAUACACACACACUUCCCCCCCAUACUGCCCCCAUACACACACUGCCCCCAUACACUGCCGCUUCAUAUACACACAUUGCUCACACUCACACACACACUGCAAUACUCACACACACACACUGCAACUGUUGCACACACAUACUGUCCCACACAUACACUGCAUCCCUGACAUACACUGCCGCUCUCACACACGCUCACACACUGCACCCCUUACACAUUGCACCACUCACACACACUACUGCUCCUAUGCACUACUACAGCCCCAUUUCCCAUCAGACCUCAGGUAAGUUGUCAAACUGUUCUUAAAUGGUUUGACUACUUACUCUGGGAGGGGGUCCCGGCACUAUAACCACUACACUGAGCUGUAGUGGUUAUUGUGUCUGGAUUAUUUCUUUAAAUAAUCUACAAGUGCCCCUCCCGAGAUCAGGCUCUGGAUCUGCCACUGUGUCAAGGUAGUUGGACUGAAACAUUGGUUUUAUGCAAACGCCGUCUCCUUAAAAUAAAUUCUCUUUUGUUUACUUUGAAGCCCAACGAGCGUGAGGACUUCCAGUGUCAGUUUGGCGACAUUUUUAUACUGUACUUUCCCAAAUAAACCUACGUUUCUAUGAAAACUGAAGUUUGUUUUUUUCGCGGCCCACAUAAACUUAAACCUUGUCUGGACGCGGGCACCCCAUCUGAAUCCCUCUACGCUCACCCUUCCCUGAGGAACCCCUAAACUGUAGCUCUCCCCCCCCUGGGACUCUGGGCUGGAGGGAACCACUACGUCAAGGGCUACCCCGCCCCUGGUACUUGCCUCCUAGCUUUGCCGUGGGUGUGCUGAAUCUUCUUAGACCAAGGUGCCACCUGCACCCGGCCAGAACUGCCAGUCGUUGCAGUUGCCCCUCCAAACAAAGCAACUCGUGAACUGCCUUCAACAGCUGCGUCUGGGUCCUGCCACUCCUGGAACUUCACUUCCUCACUUCCAGACCUGACAUUUACGUCUCGAACUUGAUCGCCCUGAGAUACUCCAGGCAGCACGGCCCUCCACGCCUCUGGUGCUAGCCGCUGGACCCGAACCGGAUCCUGGAUCAAUGGCACUUUCCCUUCAGGCCUGCUCACCGCUGCCUCCAGUGGCCAGAACCCAGCACUCCUGCUGCUCACCGCUGCUUCCAGUGGCUGCAACCCAGCACUCCUGCUGCUCACCGCUGCCUCCAGUGGCUGGAACCCAGCACUCCUGCUGCUCACCGCUGCCUCCAGUGGCCGGAACCCAGCACUCCUGCUGCUCACCGCUGCCUCUAGUGGCUGCAACCCAGCACUCCUGCUGCUCACCGCUGCCUCCAGUGGCUGGAACCCAGCACUCCUGCUGCUCACCACUGCCUCUAGUGGCUGCAACCCAGCACUCCUGCUGCUCACCGCUGCCUCCAGUGGCCGGAACCCAGCACUCCUGCUGCUCACCACUGCCUCCAGUGGCCGGAACCCAGCACUCCUGCUGCUCACCGCUGCUUCCAGUGGCUGCAACCCAGCACUCCUGCUGCUCACCGCUGCUUCCAGUGGCCGGAACCCAGUACUCCUGCUGCUCACCGCUGCCUCCAGUGGCUGGAACCCAGCACUCCUGCUGCUCACCACUGCCUCUAGGGGCUGCAACCCAGCACUCCUGCUGCUCACCGCUGCCUCCAGUGGCUGCAACCCAGCACUCCUGCUGCUCACCGCUGCCUCUAGUGGCUGCAACCCAGCACUCCUGCUGCUCACCACUGCCUCCAGUGGCCGGAACCCAGCACUCCUGCUGCUCACCGCUGCUUCCAGUGGCUGCAACCCAGCACUCCUGCUGCUCGCCACUGCCCUGGGUGGCUGGAUGACUGCAUUCCUUCUGCUGUCUCUCCUCCCGACCUCCACCCAGGUGGCCGGUGCUGCACGUCCCUGCAGCGGGCCUUGGACAUCGGGGACCUAGCUAUCCGCCUGGCUGCGGCGACCUCCAGCAGCCAUACCAGAUCCUGCGCCCGGCCUUCUCCUAACAGGCUCCCUGCGGCCCGGUGGAUCCUCUGGGCUGAGUCUGUAGGGAGGCCUCAUCCUCCUCGUCGGGCGCACCACUGGUCCUCCCACCGGUCCCAGCCUCGCCAUUAUGGGCCCAAGGCACAUCGCCGUGCGAAUCUCACCCAACAGCCUCUCCACGACCAGAUCCACCGCUGGCUCCAUGCUGCCACUACAGGUAAGGCUAAAAGGGAGGGGCGACAAGAGCCACACAACAAGGGGACAGAGAAGACACACAGAGAAUGCAAAGAUACCAAGAGAAAGAAAGACCAAGGGGGACAGCACAGAAGACUGAUACACCACGAAAACAAAACAGAAACGAACAGAUCAAAGGAGAGAGAUUGACAGAUUUACCCAUAACAUGGCUGCCGUGUAACGGUCCCCAGUCCCUACAUAUCCUUCAUCCUCCGAACGCCCCACUCCCGCACCCUCUCUAUUAAUCCAUACUGCUUUGCUCAGUACAAACUGUCAAGGCCCUCCUCCGCCUAUGCGUCUAUUAGGGUAUCCAGACUAUGCAUAACGAUAUUUAAUGCACUCAGCUAAACAUGAUGUAUGACCAUUAUAAACGGCUUAACACACAUAUCAAUAAAUGACUUGCCGUAGACAUUAUGUCAAAUUGCUUACCUAGAAGCCUAAUAGUAUCUGCCAUGGUGUGAUAAUACCCGCCUCCGUGUCAUUAUUAAAAUCAUGACUUUACGCAGUGGCGUACUAAGGAGGGGGCGGUGCGCCCCGGGUGCCACUCACUAGGUUGGUUAUCAAAAUAAGCCUCUGACCUUUAUUUUGUCAGUUGUGUUUUUAUACAUUAAAAUAUAAGUGCUUACGUGCAAAUACUCAUAGAACAGUAGAAGGAAGCGAAAUAACAGGAAAGGAGUACAGAUAAGACAUAGGGAUGAACGUCAUGUACAUAUAACAGAUAAGUUCAGAGAAAGAACAGACUGACCUGGGAGAGACAGCUCAGGUGGGGGCUAUCUGCUCCCGGAACUAGACAUAUAUGAUCUUAAAUGUCAUUUUAAGCAUCAAGCAUUUGCGGAGUCCAAGUUAGCCAAUUUUAAUAUAGGAUAUCUAAUGUGAGACCUAUAAGCUUGAACCUUGGAAUCAAGGUAAAUUCUUUCACAGUAUCAAUACCUGCCAAAGAAACGAUCCACUUGACCUAACGGGCAAGGGUAGGUGUAGAUACUGGCAUAUGAGUUUGAGGAAAAAAAAAAAAGAAAAGUUAAGGUUUAGAGUGGUCACACAAAGUAGCAGUACGUGUCUCAUAUUCGCGGAAGCAUGCAAUAGGACACAGUUAAGAUCUCUCAGGGAAAGCAAGAUAUAAUACUGAUUUGGAGGAAGUCGUAGUGCAUUGGGAUAUGUCAAAAAACACACCCUCAGGAGUAAAGGAGCGAGCAUUGAAAUCUAAUGAUCGAAAGUCCGAGACUCUCUUACAAGAGAUUUAGCAGAAUAGCUUGACUAGUUUGGCCGAAAGUUGUUUAAGGGACAACAAAGUUUUUCCUAGCCAAGACUCGAAAAAGGUUAGAACCAGAGAAACAUCCCAAAGGACCAAAUAAUGUGGUAAUGGAGGGUGAGCAAAACGGAUUCCACAAAGAAGUCUGCAUACAAAUGGAUGGCGUCCUACUGAGGCACCGUCAAUACCUUGUCCAGCAGAGAUAGCUGAUCUGAACAGGUUUACAGUAUGGUAGGAUUUACCCUCAUCAAAGAGGGACGUGAGGAAAUGUAGAACAGUCGUCAGAGGAGCCGGUAUGGAAUCCAAAUUUCAUUUUAGGUACCAUCUAGUCCAUGUGCUCUAAGCAGCUCUAUAAGCUUGUCUCGUCCCGAGUGCCCAUACACGCUUGAGAAGUCUAAGAGUUGAUUGCGGAACUCCGCUGAUGGACCAGGGUGCCCUGAAAUUAGCCAUACUAGAGGAUAGCUCAGACCAACGGGAUCUUGGAGAAGGUAAUCAUCCUGAAGGAGCACCUCGUAUGCCUCGAGCAACCCAUGGCCGGUCACGCUGGCGAAAUAUUUUGGCAUGGAUCUUUGGUCAGGAAACUUGGUUUGUCCUGUGUAGGAACCUCGGUUCAGUCUAAGAACCUCUGGAAUAAUGGCCGGACAGACUGCUCCUGGUUCUUCCAGCACCUUAGGGUGAAACACUCUCUUCAUGUUGGUCUGAGCCUUAUCUAAGGCAGUGAGGGUUUUAACAUAGGAUCCUAAGUCUUUAAUGAAGGAAUCCUCAAAUAAGAAACCCUUGGGCUGAGCGCCCAGUUCAUUAAGCGCUAGGUUCACCAAUUUUGGUUCAAUUUUUAAGCGAAUAGAUUUGCACCGUUCAGUGGCUAAUGCUGUAUUGGCAUUGCACACCAGGCAAAUCAAGCACUGAAUCCACCCAUGGACGAUCAGUGUAUCUAGGGGCUGAUCAAAGGCCAAAGCAUCUUUCAAUGCCUCAAAAUUUUGGCAGCUGGAUCCAAAAUAUCCAGGAAUUUUUCCUAACAAUUACGGAGUGAUAAGUCCAGACCCUUUCCAGACUGAAUGCCUAAAAACUGGAUGAUCUUUGGAUCGACCUUAGAUAUUUGCACACUUCGUCAGGCACCGCGGGGCGUGGGCAUUCAGCCUUUAUUACGGGUGUCUCUUUCUAGAGGUUUGCAAUAUAGCGUGCCACGUGUUCCGAAGGCAACCAUUCGGCCUAUCUUGGGUGACGUAAGUCAUCGGGGUCAAAGAGGGGGUUCACCUCGCGGAUCUAGAAUUUUGUCUGCCUCAGUUGACAAAGGGCGACUCACUUCAAUGCCUGAAGCCCCAUCAGCGGGGUAAACAUGAGAGCGGAUUUUAUCUUCCCUUAUUGCAUAGUUUGACUCGGGGUCAGAUAGGUCAUCAAAGAAUCAGGUUGGGCUUUAGCCUGUUUCCAUAACCUGGCCGCUUUUGCCCAGCCAUUGGCUCUUUUGUGCGGUGGAUUCACACAUGCGACAUCUGUGACAGGUGUUAUACUGACCAUCUUAGUAGUUUUGGAGGCAUGUUUUAUUUUAGCCAGUGCUUUCCGGCCUGGCUGAGAAGUCUGAGAGGCAGGGGGUAUUGCGACCGUCUGAGUGGUCAUGGAGAACGACGUUUGAGCUUGUAAGAAGGCCUGUGUAAACUUCUUGGAUAUAGACGGAGACAUAACGUCCAUGGCAAAGGCUAGUGCUUUGGACAUUGAUUUGGACAUAGUAGUGUCCAGAAUAGAUUGCAUCUCAUCCGAGAUAGCAAAAUCCGCCUCAUUUGCAGAGGCCAAAAGGGAGAAACCCACAGGGAUUUGACGGGUAGCCUGUGAUCCAGUAGAAGCAGGCAGGUCCCUAUUAGACUGCAUAGUAAAUAAAAUAGCAGAAACUUAUACAGGCCACAAAUUAUAAAAAAGAAAAAAAAUUUAUAUAGAUAAGUACCUAAACCAACUCCUCCUGGUUGAAUAACCUACAAGGAAUAACGAGGAGAUGAGAAAAAGAAAUAACAUUAAUAAGGGUAUUGACAAAACUCACAGGGUAGCAGAGACAAGGAGUUGUCCGAACGCCAGCACUAUUGAACACCCACAACCUGUGAGGGACAGUCUGUGGGCAGGGCUAGCCAAAGGAGCGCAAACACCCUGAACAAUAUUGCCGCCGGGAUUCGAAAUAGGAACUAAAGAGACGGCCAACUGGUCCACAGGGCAAGAAAACCAUAUGCGAACAAGCGUUUAGUAGAAAAUUUCAUUAGCCGCAUGUGACUGUAUAGAAUAAAACAAAACUGGGAACAGAUAUCUAAUAGUAAAUAUAUGGGACAAUAAAGUAUUCAAAAUGUAAAUGUACAUUACAGAAGAAACUAUAAAGGGUAACAUUAAAGGGACACUAUAGUCACCAGAACAACUACAGCUUAAUGUUGUUGUUCUGGUGAGUAUAAUAGCUCCCUUCAGGCAUUUUCAUGUAAACACUGUGUGUUCAGAGAAAAGGCAGUGUUUACAUUGCCCCUAGCGACACCUCCAAGUGGCCACUCCUUAGUGGGCCACUGGAGGUGCUUACUGGGUCAGUGCUGCACAGUAGGCAGCUCUGCCUUUCAGCAUCUCCACGCUCUGCAUGGGAAUGCUGAAUUUUCCUCAUAGAGAUGCAUUGAUUCAAUGCAUCUCUACGAGGAGGUGCUGAUUGGCCAAAAUGGUGUUUGGCCCCCUUGGCGAUUUUAGCCAAUCCAAUGCCUUCCCAUGGGGAAAGCAUUGGAUUGGCUAAAAAUCAGCAAUUUUGAUGUCACCAAAUGGGCGGGGCCAGCGCCGGCAGACCCGAGGAGAGCUGGAAAUUAAGUGAGUUUUAACCCAUUCUGAGGGGGCUAUGGGGGGUGCCAAAUAAAUUGUGGGUUUUCACUAUAGGGUCAGGAAUACAUGUUUGUGUUCGUGACCCUAUAAUGAUCCUUUAAAAUAUCCCUUAAAGUACAGGUAAAGUAGGGGCGGAGCCAAGCAGCCGAAGCGAUCGGACACACACUCUCAGAGCUCCAGGCUAAACAGCGUUAAUAGGCGAAAUCCUGGGAAUAAAACCCCAAAAAACAAGAAGCCCAACGCUCCAGAACGACCAGAGCUACCAUGGGUCGUAAUUCUAAGAAGCAGAAGUCAGACAAACCCAAACAGGGAAUGAAUAUAGGCGAGCUCUUCAGGCAGGCGCAUGGCGCACUUGGGCCCAAAAUGGCCGCGGAGCUGGAUGAAUACUCCGACUCCUCAGAAGAGAUGUCGCAAUACACCGGAGCGGCAGACAUACCAUCACAGAAACCCUCUCACACACCCGAAACCUACCCUGCCAACCUGUCACAAAGGAGACCCUGCAAGAGCUCCUGGCGGGGCUUCAGACAACUCUCCAGGCAGACGUGGCCGCACUGCGUCAGGACCUCAAGGGCCUGGUAGGCCGACUGGGAGUUAUGGAGGCCUCCACAAAGGACCAUGAUCAGAGAAUAUGCUCUCUGGAACAAGAGGUACAAGCGCUGAAAAAGCAACAAGCUGGGGUUGAACAGAAACUGGCGACCGUGGAAGACACAAGGCGCCGCGCUAACCUUAAAAUAAGAGGUAUCCCGGAGGAGGUACCGACAGCAGAGUUAUAACACCUCAUAAGAAGGCUGCUGGGAGCAUUGCUGUCUCCAAAGCAAGUCAGGCAAAUUGCAGUGGAUGGAGUAUUCCGGAUCCCGAAACCCAGGAGGGCCCCAGAAGAGGCGCCCAGAGAUACUGUGGUGAAAUUCCAAAGAAGCAGUGACAAGGCGACAGUACAAGAAGCACUCAAGGGACAGUCCCCAUAUGUAUUUGAAGACAUGUCCUUAACCUUUUACACCGACCUCUCUGGGAGCACUCUGCAGUGGAGAAGAUCCCUGCAGGGGUUUACCACUCUUCUACGGAGCAACAACAUCCAAUACAGGUGGCGGAUGUCCCGUACGCUCCAAGUGCAACACAGAGAAUCCUUCUACUCGGUCCAUGACAUACAGGAGGCAUCUGCGCUCCUGGACACCCUAGGCCUCCCAAAGGACGCUCUGCAGAGUAUUGGGCCUCGAGGGGCAACCACACAGGCACACACGUGGGACCCUGCAAGAAGCACUCCAUUUGUCCCGCAGCAAGCCCCACAGGGAGCCUACGCUUUGGUUACUACUUGAGGCGAACUUCUCUCACACAUAUCUGUUACCAAAGGGGUUCCGAGCCGUGACCGUUUCUGUGACUAUAUAUAUAUAUUUUUCAUAUUUUUUUUUUCUCUGUUUGUUUCCUUUUGUACAUUACUUUCUAUCUCGCUGGUACCUAUCUAUUAAGCACCGAGUAUCCCAUGAGGACAAUUCCCCUCACCCCCCACCCCUGCCUCCCCUCAAUGGCCGUUAGACUAAGACCCACUCUAUCUCGACGUGAGGUGUAAAAUUUAUCCAUAGCAACCUACACCCAGACCUACUCACUAAAAACACUAGUCAUGUAAUUUGUAGCUCUAGUCUCGCUACUAACCGCUAGAUGUCCCCAUUACUUAUGAAGGACGAAAGCAGCCUCCCCAGCUAGCGGAAUACUCAUGGUAGUACCCGACACACCUAAUGCGUUACACAUAACUCAAAACAACCCCCUAUGUGGAAUGUAUAUAGCAUAACGAAUCUCUGGGUGACGGGCAUAGCUAUUUUUAAACUAAGCAGAUCAUCCUAACCUUCAUACUCUGCAACAUACAUCUGCCCCUCGAACGGCAUCUUAACUCUGCUGCCACCAAUAGAAUGCUAGUAGAAUAAGCUCUAGGAGAUGCUAACACCAAAGGUGGCUCCUAACUAGUCACUCACACUCAAGCAUGCAAACUUCCACUAGGUCCUACUUUGGUUACACAUAGAUCUUAGCCACACGUGCAGAUAACAAUACUUGACUCCUAUAGAGUGCAUAUAACCAAUCUAUACUGUUAACUGUUUCUGUAUCACGCAUGCACUGUUCAUUUACUAUUCCUAGAUUAAUCUAAAAAUGUGCUGUCAUUUAAUGCCAUGAUCUUGUUUAUUUUGUGAUAUCUCAGCGACUUGUAUCUGCUGUCGUGGCGAUAUAGUCAUGUUUGUUACUCGAAGCACUACAAAAAUAAAGAAUUUAAAAAAAAAUUUAAAAAAAGUACAGGUAAAGUAAAAAAUGCAAUAAUGGUGAUAAAGGAACAUAAAAUAACACAUAUAUAGAACUAUAUUAAAUAUAGUAUAAGUCAAAUAUUUAAAUACAGAUCCCACAGUAUGAGAACUAUGGGAUCCGGGUACUAGUAACAUAGAAUGUGACGGCAGAUAAGAACCAUUCGGCCCAUCUAGUCUGCCCAAUUUUCUAAAUACUUUCAUUAGUCCCUGGCCUUAUCUUAUAGUUAGGAUAGCCUUAUGCCUAUCCCACGCAUGCUUAAACUCCUUUACUGUGUUAACCUCUACCACUUCAGCUGGAAGGCUAUUCCAUGCAUCCUCUACCCUCUCAGUAAAGUAAUACUUCCUGGUAUUAUUUUUACACCUUUGCCCCUCUAACUUAAGACUAUGUCCUCUUGUUGUGGGAGUUUUUCUUAUUUUAAAUAUGGUCUCCUUUACGGUGUUGAUUCCCUUUAUGUAUUUAAAUGUUGCUACCAUAUCCCCCCGUCUCGUCUUUCCUCCAAGCUAUACAUGUUAAGAUCCUUUAACCUUUCCUGGUAGGUUUUAUCCUGCAAUCCAUGAACCAGUUUAGUAGCCCUUCUUUGAAUGCUCUCUAAAGUAUCAAUAUCCUUCUGAAGAUACGGUCUCCAGUACUGCGUACAAUACUCCAAGUGAGGUCUCCCCAGUGUUCUGUACAAUGGCAUGAGCACUUCCCUCUUUCUACUGCUAAUACCUCUCCCUAUACAACCAAGCAUUCUGCUAGCAUUUCCUGCUGCUCUAUUACAUUGUCUGCCUACCUUUUAAAUCAUCAGAAAUAAUCACCCCUAAAUCCCUUUCCUCAUAUGUUCAGGUUAGGAUUGUAUCAAAUAUUCUGUACUCUGCCCUUGGGUUUUUACGUCCAAGGGGCUUCCCCUGAUAGCCCCUAUCUGGGUGACCAACAUAUCCAAAAAUCACCCAGAUCGGUUCGGGAUUUCUAUUGAAGUCAUAAUUUGACCGACCAUGCACAUGGUCCUAUGCCCAAAACAGUUCCAUGAAGUUUAUUAGUUUAAAAACAAACAUACUAAAUAUAAUACCAUUGAAAAAGUUUGACAGACUGAGCAAGCCAGUCACCAAUGUUUGAUGUAUUACAUGUUAAAGAUUUUUGCCUUCCUUUACGAAUCAUAUAUGUAACGCUAUAUGUUUGAUGCAGCGGCUUGUCCACAAGUCUUAUAUUGCUGAUGUACUGCAGUCUUUGUUAAAAAACGAACGUAGUCAGUAGUCAUACCGUGGAGCUUGUUUCCCUCAUCCAGACGAACAAUUCCAUCGAUCAGUGCCCUUUUACGAUGUACUGAACUGAACACAGGCAAUGAUGGAAGUUCAGCAGUGUUCGUGAAUUCGAGUGUCCGAUUUCAGUUCCAUGCACUUGACGACCAAACACCGCUGCCUGCGUUCGCGGGAGCAAGCUGGCCGCUACCACAUGUUUGGCCAUACAAAUGGCGGCCACCCAGACGCAUAAUUAGAGCACUGCGGUUAGAAUCGUUAUGAGGUGAUAAGGCUUAAUAAUCUCCCGGAUGGUCCAUUAAACCAUUAACCAAUCAAGGACAAGCAGGAGGUCAUUUAAACUCCGACUGGAACAAGCACCUCCUCUUUCUUUGAUGGUGAUAACAAUAAACUAGUAUAAAGAAAAUCUGUCAUAAUCAAGUGAUCCAAUGUAAGGGUAGAACAAGUUGUGGACUCCGAUGUGAGUAGAAAGUCCAGAACAUUUGAGCGUAGAUGCUCCAAGUGAAGUUACUCUAAAACAGAAGAAAAACUAUGUGAAAGGCAUCUAAAAAUUAAAAUUGGAUGGUAUAAUGGUAACGUACAUCGCAAAUAACAAUCAAACAAACUGUAAUAACUAUAAUGUAUUAAUAGCAUACACUAUCUAAAUAAAGAGUAUAUUGCUUACAUGAACAAAUAAAAUAACACCAAGCGACAGAACACACAAGAGCUUGUGGAAAAACAACGAAGAACUAGUGUCCUAGAAGAAAGAAAGUCCCUUGAGGAAGGGAAAUAUUUGCCUCCUGUCAUUAUUAGAAUUAUGAAUAUUGUACAUUUAAAUUAGCAUAAGCUACAAUUUUAUUACAUUACAGGAUGUAUCAUAUUUAGCAUUUUCAAUGCUAUCACAGAAGACUGAAGGAAGCAUGUCAAAAGGAGGUAUCUUCCUAUGACCAGCUCGCCAUGCGCAUAAUGUUUGAUAAGGAAGCACCCAACACAAAGACACGCAAUGCCAUCUUGAACUGAAUGAAAUCGGGUUCCACUCCCGCCAAAGCGAGAACCCAUCUAACCCAUCUCGCUAAGGUGAUGGUGGAGACAGGUUUGUGCUUUUUAACACAGUGAGACGUUGACCUAGAUAUGAUGGUCGUAAUGGUGCACAUACCGAAUGGUUCCACAUACCGAAGGAGAGUCUUGGCCACACAAAGCUGAGUUAUGUUUCGGAAAAAAGGGUAAAAGGUCGAUGAGGAAUCCGCCUUGGUGUGACUAUAAGGAGUGAUAGAAAAACCAUCAGCAUCCAAAGUGCAAAUAUUGGAGACCCAGUGGAAGUAGACAAGACACAUCAUUAGGGUGACCUUCACCGAAAGUUGUAUCAGAGAUAAACACUCAUUGUUCCGCCAAUCAUGUAGGAAUUGGAGCACCCUUUUCUAUGUCCUACAGGUGAGUAUAUUUCAGAGGGAAUGCUAGUUUGAUGCCUUACAGACGACAGAUUAAAGGACCUUGUCCCACCACGGAUAUGGCUGAACGCAUAACAUACAGUUGCAAGAAAAAGUAUGUGAACCCUUUGGAAUGAUAUGGAUUUCUGCACAAAUUGGUCAUAAAAUGGGAUCUGAUCAUCAUCUAAGUCACAACAAUAGACAAUCACAGUCUGCUUAAACUAAUAACACACAAAGAAUGAAAUGUUGCCAUGUUUUUAUUGAACACACCAUGUAAACAUUCACAGUGCAGGUGGAAAAAGUAUGUGAACCCUUGGAUUUAAUAACUGGUUGAACCUCCUUUGGCAGCAAUAACUUCAACCAAACGUUUCCUGUAGUUGCAGAUCAGACGUGCACAACGGUCAGGAGUAAUUCUUGACCAUUCCUCUUUACAGAACUGUUUCAGUUCAGCAAUAUUCUUGGGAUGUCUGGUGUAAAUUGCUUUCUUGAGGUCAUGCCACAGCAUCUCAAUCGGGUUGAGGUCAGGACUCUGACUGGGCCACUUCAGAAGGCGUAUUUUCUUCUGUUUAAGCCAUUCUGUUGUUGAUUUACUUCUAUGCUUUGGGUCAUUGUCCUGUUGCAACACCCAUCUUCUGUUGAGCUUCAGCUGGUAGACAGAUGGCCUUAAGUUCUCCUGCAAAAUGUCUUGAUAAACUUGGGAAUUCAUUUUUCCUUCGAUGAUAGCAAUCCGUCCAGGCCCUGACGCAGCAAAGCAGCCCCAAACCAUGAUGCCCCCACCACCAUACUUCACAGUUGGGAUGAGGUUUUGAUGUUGGUGUGCUGUGCCUUUUUUUCGCCACACAUAAUGUUGUGUGUUUCUUCCAAACAACUCAACUUUGGUUUCAUCUGUCCACAGAAUAUUUUGCCAGUACUGCUGUGGAACAUCCAGGUGCUCUUGUGCAAACUGUAAACGUGCAGCAAUGUUUUGUUUGGACAGCAGUGGCUUCCUCUGUGGUAUCCUCCCAUGAAAUCCAUUCUUGUUUAGUGUUUUACGGCAAUCCAUUCUUGUUUAGUGUUUUACAGCAUUUGUAGAUUUGCUAACAGGGAUGUUAGCAUUUGCCAGUGACUUUUGCAAGUCUUUAGCUGACACUCUAGGAUUCUUCUUCACCUCAUUGAGCAGUCUGCGCUGUGCUCUUGCAGUCAUCUUUACAGGACGGCCACUCCUAGGGAGAGUAGCAGCAGUGAACUUUCUCCAUUUAUAGACAAUUUGUCUUACCGUGGACUGAUGAACAGCAAGGCUUUUGGAGAUACUUUUAUAACCCUUUCCAGCUUUAUGAAAGUCAACAAUUCUUAAUCGUAGGUCUUCUGAGAGCUCUUUUGUGCGAGGCAUCAUUCACAUCAGGCAAUGCUUCUUGUGAAAAGCAAACCCAGAACUGGUGUGUGUUUUUUAUAGGGCAGGGCAGCUGUAACCAACACCUCCAAUCUCAUCUCAUUGAUUGGACUCAGUUGGCUGACAUCUCACUCCAAUUAGCUCUUGGAGAUGUCAUUAGUCUAGGGGUUCACAUACUUUUUCCACCUGCACUGUGAAUGUUUACAUGGUGUGUUCAAUAAAAACAUGGCAACAUUUCAUUCUUUGUGUGUUAUUAGUUUAAGCAGACUGUGAUUGUCUAUUGUUGUGAAUUAGAUGAUGAUCAGAUCACAUGUUAUGACCAAUUUGUGCAGAAAUCCAUAUCAUUCCAAAGGAUUCACAUACUUUUUCUUGCAACUGUAAAUGGAUCAAAAGGAGUAAGUAGAUGAGACAGGAAAUUUAGCUGAUACUCUUCAGUCCUGCUAAACUGUUAGACCUAACUGGUUUUACUUACAGGAGAGUCACAGAAGCUGGACAUGUGGCCAUGGGCAUCUAGUGGUGGUUUAGAACUUAUUGUGCUAGAGUGUUCCUUUAAACCCCUGGACAUAGGGAAAACCUAAUAUCAGACAAGGACAGUUAGAUAAGGAAAGAGGGUUGACAGAAGAGGAAAGGAGAACAUACACCAUUGCAAGGCAUGUACAUGCAAUGCGUGCUUGUAAAUAUUGUAUACAUUAUGUGAAACAAUUGUAUAGUUUAGUCUAUUUUAUUGUGAACUUGUUUUACUGACCUAAAAUUAAACAUUGCCUUGUUUGAACUUUGAGCUCGGCAUUCUUCCAUAAGAAUAUAUGAUAUAUUUUUUGAAUAUACAGGUAAACCAAUGCCAAGAUGUAGUAACAUAAUAGAAUCAAGAGAAGAUUGGUGUCUCUUGAUAUCAGUAGGAACUUUUUCUCGUAUUCCAUAUUUUCAUACAAGCUAUUAUUUCACUGCUUUACAGACAUCUUUUUCAUUAUAAACAUUAUUGUUAAUUUCCUCCCACAGAAUUAAACCUGGUGAAUCCUUUCUCAUUCCAUUUUCUUAUCAAGAUAGAAAUCGAGUGCGCCAUGGUGAUCACCGGCACGUUAGGAUAUAUUGCUAUCCUGGAUCUUGUGCAAUCAUCUUGGCUCCCUGUCCACCAAGCAUUGUUCUUUCAUAAUCAAAAUGUAGAGAAAACCUAUCCGGAUAGAGAGCUUCCACAACUUCUAUCAAAUAUCUUUAGAACAUAGGAUCAGGGCCUGUCCUGUCUAUUAGACUUGUGCGUGGUGGCAAAAAAUUGGUAAGUAAAUAUCGAUUUGUCCGGAAAAACAAUUAGUAUUGAGCGAUUCGGCCUUCAUCCAUGUGGUAUUUUGGUGCAGAGUAAUGUAAUUUAUUUCAUUUAUUCGGUCAUAUAGCUAUUUGUCAAUUCAGAUGAUUUGAAGUGUGUUUUAUGCUCCCCCCUUCCUUCCUCCCUCCCUCCCUCCCUCCUAGUUGUCUAACUUUUCUUUUGGAGGUGUGCAUGAUACUUUAUUAAUCCCAGGUAGUCUGAUGUGUGGAUCUUGCAGUUUCCAUGGGUGCAGAACACGUAUACCUCUGCCUUCAUUACAGCACAUUUCUAGUGAGAAAAAGCAUUGACAUGGUAACCUGUAGCAACAUUCUAAAUCACAGAGAAGUGCUGUAUCUCAAAGGAGAGUUUCCUUAGGUUUCUGCUCCAAUGUGCUCUAGAGAUCUCUCCAUCUGGCCCACUUGGGUCCAGUAACCUGACUUUCCAUGUAUGGCACGUGUGCCAUCGAUGGUUGAUUACUCGUGUAGUUUGUUAAUAUUACAUGGAAAUAGAAGAUCAUUAUAUUGAUACAGAGUGUUAUUACACUGCUGGAGGCAAACAUUAAAUUGGUACCAGGUUUUCAUAAUACAGUAUUUAACGGUAUAUUCGUAUUACCAAUACUUUUCAUCAUUUACUAGAUCUGCACAUACUGUAACAUACGCUAUGCAGAUAUCAACCCACACACCAUCACAGACUUUCAUUUUCCUGAAUUGUGGUUUAAUUCUUUCUGUGGCCUAUCAGGGAAUUUGCAAAUCAAUUCAAGGUAUUUCGAGUCUUCUUAAAAGUUAAGACACAUUUUAAAGUAAAAUGUAGAAAAGUGACAUAAUUGAAUUAUGGGCAGAAUAACCCCUGAGUGUACUGCAAAUGUAUUAGAUUAUUGUUGUUCAAUAUUACAGAAUCUCCCACUUAAAGGACCACUAUAGUGCCAGGAAAACAUACUCGUUUUCCUGGUACUAUAGUGCCCUGAGGACGCUGGCAUGCUCUCACUGUGAAAAUCACAGUGAGAAGCACGCAAGCGCCUCUAGUGGCUGUCGAUGAGACAGCCACUAGAGGAAAUAGGGGAAGGCUUAACCCAUUCAUAAACAUAGCAGUUUCUCUGAAACUGCUAUGUUUAUUAAAAAAUGGGUUAACCCUAGCUGGACCUGGCACCCAGACCACUUCAUUAAGCUGAAGUGGUCUGGGUGCCUAGAGUGGUCCUUUAACCAAGGUCUGCCAGUGAUGAAGGCAAAAUAUACUAAAAUUAUACAACUCUGGUUACUAAGGGAAUGUUGGCUUAAUCAGCCCUUUCACUUCCACAGACCCUGAGCGGGACGGCAAGGUUUAAUAAUCUCUACCAACCUGCCUUACUGUUUCUCCAAACUUGGACUGGGCAAUGGGAGAUUGUUAGAAAAAUAAGGUUUUCUCCUAAUCUAUUUUCAAUGUGUGAAGCGUUAAUGUUAGUUAUGUUUAUUUAUAAUUUUUAAAAAACAUUUGCCUAUGAUAGCAUACAGGUCUAUUCACAAAGAAUAUGCCAGUGGGGGGGCCACAUGCCCUCUCCUGCCAUAUACUGAGGUCUGUCCUGGCACCUUUCACAAUCAGCUGGCCUCAUUAUUGUUUUGGGAAUAGUUUUCAGACUUCUUUUUUUCGUGCUAGUCGGUCCAAGCUUGGAGAUAAUUUUUGCCUAUUCCACGAUAAUUUGGAUACAAAUUUAAAUUGCAUCAGAUUAUAUCUUUUUCAUGAGGUUUUUUCAUGGGGUUUUUACAACGCACUGGACAUCAUGCAAAUCGCAAGAUCGUUGAGCGUAUUUUCAUGGAGUCAAACUCCGUAAAACUGCAGGAAGCGCCUCUAAUGGCUGGCUGUUGUUCUACAUUGCAGGGUUAAGGAAAUAGGGAGACCACCCAGACUAUGACAAUGGGAUGAAGUGAUCCCUUUAAACUGUAGUAAAUAAGAUACAUUGUUCUAGUUAUAAAUUAAAUUUUAGUUGGAUAAAUUAUUAUUAGUAAGUCACCUAAAAUUUCCCAUAAUAGCCACAUCCCUAAAAUUAAAGGGUCCCCCUUUGUCCAUUCAUAAUGUUGGGGUGCAUGUUUUAGUUGAAAGUAUAAUCUCUUCCAAAUUAAUAUUUUAAGCUGUCGCCUAGGUGUGCAGCUUAAAGAAGAAGAUUUCUUAAAAGAAAAAAACCUUUUCCAGGUCAUAUAAACAAUGAUGGACAGAUGGAAGUCUGAGCAGGAAAAGUCAGAGUUUAUUGAGAUUCCAGAAUAACAAGUAACAUUGCAGCCGACAUCAAGUGUUUGUCAAGUGACAACAAGGUCGUUGUGUUCCACAGGAAAUAAUGUGGCUCUUUCCUUUUGUCAUAUGUGGGAAAAAAUCUGAAUGCCCUAAAACUGUGGCCUUGCAAGAAUAACUCUAACCCUUUUUAAAAAACAUAUUUUUUACUUUAGAGCGAGCAUGUCAAACUCAAAGGCUAACACGGGCCAAGUAAGCAAGUUUUUCGUUGAUGUGGGCCGCAAAAAAAAUGAAAGGUUCAGUUUUCAUAGAAUCUUAGGUUUAUUAAGGAAAGUAGAGUAUAAGAAAGUUGCCUAACUGACACUGGACAUCUUUGCGCUCGUUGGUGUUCAAAGUAAACAAAAGAGAGAAUUUAACAGUUUGGAAAUGGGACUGAAAUGGUGAAUGUAAACUGUUGCACAGCUGUAACAAACGAUGAUCUCAGCCAAUCCAAUGCUUUCCCAUCGGAAAGCAUUGGGAGGCUAUUGUGCAUGUGUGGUAAAAAGCUGUGCGGCCAAUUAUCCUCUCCAUGGGGAGCGUUCAGCGCCUCCAUGCAGACCCAGUCUAAUACACUGCUUCCUCCACUCUAAUUAAAUACACUGCCCCUUCUCCCGGCUCUCUAAUAUAAUACACUGCCCAUUAAUCUAACAUACCACUCCCUCCCCUCAUUCUAACACACUGCCCCCUCCACCAAUUCUAAUACAUGGGAUUUAGGGGUGAUUAUUUCUGAUGACUUAAAGGUAGGCAGACAAUGUAAUAGAGCAGCAGGAAAUGCUAGCAGAAUGCUUGGUUGUAUAGGGAGAGGUAUUAGCAGUAGAAAGAGGGGAAGUGCUCAUGCCAUUGUACAGAACACUGGUGAGACCUCACUUGGAGUAUUGUACACAGUACUGGAGACCGUAUCUUCAGAAGGAUAUUGAUACCUUAGAGAGGGUUCAGAGAAGGGCUACUAAACUGGUUCACGGAUUGCGGGAUAAAACUUACCAGGAAAGGUUAAAGGAUCUUAACAUGUAUAGCUUGGAGGAAAGACGAGACAGGGGGGAUAUGAUAGAAACAUUUAAAUAUAUAAAGGGAAUCAACACAGUAAAGGAGGAGACUAUAUUUAAAAAGAAGAAAAACUACCACAACAAGAGGACAUAGUCUUAAAUUAGAGGGACAAAGGUUUAAAAAUAAUAUCAGGAAGUAUUACUUACUGAGAGGGUAGUGGAUGCAUGGAAUAGCCUUCCAGCUGAAGUGGUAAAGGUUAACACAGUGAAGGAGUUUAAGCAUGCGUGGGAUAGGCAUAAGGCUAUCCUAACUAUAAGAUAAGACUAGGGACUAAUGAAAGUAUUUAGAAAAUUGGGCAGACUAGAUGGGCCGAAUGGUUCUUAUCUGCCGUCACGUUUCUAUUUUUCUACACUGCCCCUCCCCCCAAUCUAAUAUACUGCCCACAAAUCCAAUACACUGCCUCCCUCCCUCUCCCCCUAAUCUAAUACACCGUCCCCACUCCUCCACUCUAAUUGAAUACACUGCCCCCAAAAAGAUUUGCUGUAUUAGGUGUGAACAGACUCGCCGGUGGGGUAACUUGAAUCAAAAAUACAAAACUGCUUUUUGUAUUUUGAAUACACUGCCCUUCUCCCCAGCUCUCAAUUUUAAUACAAUGCCUCUUUCCCUCAAUUCUAAUACACUGCCUCCCCCCACCCUAACACACUACCCUCCCACCACACCAAUACACUGCCCCUCCCUCCCCAAAAUAAAUACAUUGCCCUCCCCCCAAUUUAAGACACAGCCACCUCUCCCACCACUCUAAUACACUUCCCCCCUCCCUCUCCCACCACUUUAAUACACUGCCACCCUCCCCAAUUUAAUACAUUGGCCCCCUACCUUCCCCAAAUUAAUAUAGUACCCCCUCACUAAAAUUAAUACACUGCUAACUCCCUCUCUAAAUUUAAUACACUACCCCCUCCCUCCUUCAAAUGAAUUCAAUGCCCCCCUUUUCCCAAUUUAGCACACUAAACAGAAAUGUCCCCCAAGCCCCUCUUACCCUACCUUAAGAUGAGCCACCCGUCCUCCAGUUCCAGCCAUGCUCUUCUCUGCUCAAGCAGGCCAGACGCUCCUCUGGCACUGCAUGCAGGACAGAAGGGGGAGUAACUGGCACAGCGAGCAGGACAGAGGGGUGAGUGGCUGGCACAGCGAGCAGUAUGGAAGGAUGAGUGGCUGGCACUGCGAGCAGGAUGGAAGGGGGAGUGGCUGGCACUGUGAGCAUGAGGGAAGGGGGAGUGGCUGGCACUGCGAGCAGGACGGAAGGGGGAGUGGCUGGCACUGCGAGCAGGACGGAUGGGGGAGUGGCUGGCACUGUGAGCAGGACGGAUGGGGGAGUGGCUGGCACUACGAGCAGGAGUGAAGGGGAGUGGCUGGCACUUCGAGCAGGAGGGAAGGGGGAGUGGCUGGCACUGCGAGCAGGACAGAAGGGUAGUGGCACAUGCUGCAAGUUUGACAUGUAUGGAUCUCUGAGGUGUCUACACAAGCUUGUAAACCCUGCGGAAACUUGUACCACUGCCUGUUCGACUUCCUGACCAGCUAGGAGAAAAGCAAUCGGGAGUAGGGAACUACCAAAACAAGGGAAGAAUUAAUUUCUUAAAAGCCAGGGGAAGCGUUCGGCGGUAUAACCACAGCAACCCCUGAAAGUCAACCGGCCAGCCUGACCAAUCUCUGGAACUGUUUUUGGCUACCACCUCAUCUGAACGCUCUUUGGAUAUGUUGUGUGCUCAGAUCAUGGCUAUUCAGGAAUAUGAUUUUUGUGGGGUUCCUGUACUGUUUUCAUGUAUUUUCAUUUUAUGUUAAAAUUGUAUGUAAGUUUUCUUAUUUGAGAGAUAAUUGAGUUAUCUUAAUUGGAGCUCAAUUAUCUCUCAAACACAAUGGUUUGUGGGAAGGAAACCCCAUGCUAGGGGCACUGUACAAAAAACAGAGUGUGACCUAAUAAAGCUCAGAUUGAAUCUCUACCCAAUACAACUGUUGCGUCCAUUAUAUUGUGAAACCUCUGCACAGCAAUAGCACCAUCACCAUAUGCAGUACAUCUCGAACUAGUUCUAGUGGAGGGUUGAAGGAAUAACGACAAUAGACUAGAGAACCCGUGACAGGAAGGUUCCCCUCCAACAUUACAGACUCACUCUCCGUGGUCCAAUCCAAUGCUUCUCAGAUAUUAAUAUUAAAGAUAUUACACUUCUAGAAUGGAUCUCGGAGGGUUUCCAGUUGAAGAAUGAUUUGACAAUGUUAUGCAAUAUACAGAAUUUGUGGCGAUUUCCUGAAUCCUAAAUCAAGUCUAAAUCCUGACUUCGACUGGUCACUGUUCCUUUUGGAUCAAAACCCAAUCUUUGGUUUAAAAAAAUGUGCGUUUAAAAUGUUGUUCCAUUGCUAAGGGGAUGCCCACAGAAUCGCAGUAAACAGAGUGAAACCCAAACCUGUCUGUUCACGUUUGUAUGUGAAGGUCGAAAUUCUGGGAUAGUUGUGGAAACAUGAUUUUUGGAAGUUUUAUCUUUACUAAUAAUGAUAAUCAUUUAAAAUGUUAUUUUGGCAUAUAUUAAACAAACUCACGCCGGAUUUGUCGUUUUAAGCGAGGCAUAUUAUCGGACUUUAUUAUAUUUUUUGUUAUUUUUUUUUGUUGUGAUUAUUUCCAGAAAGCUAGUACUGGCAAUUAUCUGUAAACAUGAGUUGCGUUAUUAUAAAGACAAUUAAUGUUGGUAAGUUAACGCAAAACCAUGCACGGCCUAUGGGAAAUGGGAAUGCCCAAUAACUGACUGACUAAUUAAUAGAGUGCAAUGAGUGUGCAGAUUAAUCUGUCUAAUUCUGAAUCAAACCAAAAUGUGAAAUUACUCUGCAUUAAAACUUUAAACCACUAGUUCGUGAAAUGAAAAGCAGCAGAUGUAUUUACUGUCAGACUAAAUUUUGAUAAGACCAUCUUUAAACGAGUUUCUGAAUGAGUCAAGCUCCACAAUGUGAAUCAGAGUGACAGGCAGCCCACUUGAGUCUGCAGAGCUGAGUGUGCUGCAGAUUAAAAUCUAAACUCAGAUGUGAGGACUCCACAGCUCAAUGAAGAAGUAAGUCUGAGCAGACCACCAGUCAGGAGAAGACUCGGAGAGGACAAUCUGUUGGUGGACGUGACACGCUUGCUUGAAGACUGUCAGAUACCACCAGGGAUAUUCUGGAUUCUUGGAUGGACUCUUGACUGAUUUUUCAAGUCAGAUCUAUCCUUCGGAGAGGGUCACUAACCUGAAGCUUUCAUUACGACAAAAAGUGGCUGUUCUCGGCUGGAAUUAAAUAAAAAUUCUUCACAUUUUUUCUUUCCUUUUUAUUUGAUCAGAGUCGGUAAUAGGAGUCGUAAUUUUCCCACGAGAGCUCAUACAGAAAUAAAAUAAACUUUCUCCUUGAAUUAGACGACCGCCUUUCAUUGGACAAUCUUCAAAGACACCCCAAAAAGUUCUGGUUGGUGGUUUGAGAUCUGGACGGUUGGUGGUUUGUGGUCUGCCUGUUUCGUGGUUUGAGAUCUGGACAAUUGGUUGUUUCUGUGCUGUCCAUUUGGUAAUUGGUGUUCUCCUAGUGAAUGAAUUCCUGAAACAAUUUAUUUUUUAACUUUACUGAAAUGGAGGUGUCUCUGUUGGUGAUAAUAUCAUCUCUGGUGUUCCAAGUAAGUGGGUUUUAAUAGUCUGAUAAAUUGUCCAUGCUUGUAGUAAAUAAUUAUUAUAUUAAACUCUUACACGUGUACUCUGAAAUGACUGUGACUCCAUGUAGCCAACACGCUUUCAUUUAAAAAUAUCUCUAGAUAUGUUAAUCCAGUUUAAUGUAUUAUACUAAUAAUAUAGUAAUCUUUACCACUUCCACAUACCCACCACCCUUUCAGUGCAGAAUAGCUGUAUAUCCAUCCAAUGACCAUUUCAAUAUCCAUACUGUAUAAUCCUCUACCACAUCUGCUGGGAGAUAACUCCAUAUACCUGCUAUCAUUUCAGACAAGUAAUCAUUUCUUAGAUACAGUCACAGUCUAUUUGUUCUAAUUUGUUCUAAUUUCAAAGAGUAUGUUCAGACCACAGCUGUAACAUUUGCACGUUUCGUAUGAAUCAUAAUCUGUCCCCUUCCUAUAAUCUGAUUAUAUCAAAUACAGCUGAAAGAUAUCACGAUGCUUACGACAAUAACAGUAUCGAUUGUAAGCUCUUUAGAGCAGGGUCCUCCUCAACCUAUUGUUCCUGUAACAUUUUGUAAUUGUCUCAUUUAUUGUUACAUUUCCCCGUUUUAAAUAUUGUAAUGAGCUGCGGAAUAAGUUGGCGAUACCAAUAAUACUAAUAUUAAUCAGCCUUAAGUGACUGACCUGUGUGCUGUUGGGAUUUAAAGGGUUAGCUAGUCAAUGAGAGUUUUUAGGGCACUGUAUUACAGAUCAGGCACACUGAUAGCUGUUGCUGCUUUGCAUAUUAUCUCACUCAGGCUUUCCGUCACCAACCAGGGACUCUAUAGGUGUUAUUCUUAAAGAGCUAUUCUGGGGCAUGAUUCUAAAAGGGGAGCAAUACGCUGGAACAUUCCAUUGGUUUCCACGGUAACUGCUCCAGUUUUAGAACAUUUUAUUAGAAAAGUACAUCUUUUGUACUCAAAGAUCAGAGAGAUGUCAAUGAGAGAAUCUCUAUUUAGUUACAGAGUUAAAUUUUUUUACUUCUGAUAGACUCUAUCCCCUAAAACCGGAUUUAUCUCUUUAUUGUUAUUAAGAGGCAUUUAUAAUUCUUUCCGUGGUGCUGCGUUUGGCUUUAAUUAGAUAUGGGGGGAUUAUUAUUAUUAGUCAAUCUUGCAUGAGAUAAAAUAUUGAACUUUCCAUUGUUUGAUCUUUGAGCGUGGGGUUUUCAGAGCUGCUGAGAGUCUGCAUAAUUGAUUUGUCAUUUAGAAACUUUUAGCAAUUUAUCUUAAGCUUGACAAAUAGUUGAUCAGGGCUGUAAAACGCACACAUUGUUUACUAUACAAGGUGUCAUUGGGUACGUGGACUGGGUUCCAAGCAGAGGUGGUAAGGAUAUAUUGAAAAUUUUGCUGAGUACACACUCGGUGUGUCCCUCUCACAGAGGCUGACACUCCAUGUAAAGGGGUCAAUGGUCGGAAUUUGAAAACCAUAAGAGGGCUAGGAUUGGCUGAGAAGAUUAUGUAACUUCUUAAUCUCCAUGGAGAACUCACUGCGAGCACCUGAAAAUGCAGUGGUUUCAAGUGUGAUAAUAUACUUUUUAUUUGCCUUUUCAUUUUUACAUUUUUUUGCAACCUUAGCGAUAGCUAUAUGCUAUAUAAAAUAAUAAGAAUGCAGGUCUGUCAACAGGAGGACUGCUAUUCAGUAACCAGUUAAAGCAGAACUAUCACAUGGAGAAUGAUGCGAUGUCCGACAACUAAAUAAAAUAUAGCAAAUAAGAGUUGUACAAUUUAUUUUCCAAAAAUGUUGACAUUUUAAAAAAAAACAAAAAAAACUUAGCAUCAAUCAAAGCAUAUUGUGCAAUUUAUUGUAACUCCUGUAGUGCAGCAUGCACGGUGCAUGGGAAGGAAUGCCUGGGCAAAGCAUGUUCUUGUAUCGCAUUUCUCAGUAGAUGCCCACGUUCGCCCAAAGCAUCAUGUGGUGGCAAAGUCACCCUGGACAGGGAAGUAGUACAGCUGAGGUAAGUUGUUUUUACCUAUUGCUACUGUACUACUCCACAGCUCCCAAUUGUCCUGCUUUUUGGCAGAACAGUCCUGAUUUCAGGGUCUUGUCCCACCUUCCCAAUUUAGUUCCCUAGUGUUUCCACAUUUGAGGAAACCAGAGAACUGUUCCUGGGCAGCACUGUGUGGGCGCUUCAUUAGACUCGCUGGCCUGUAUGUUGGGGGCUGGGCAGGAGGCUGUGUGUCUGUGUCCUCCCCUUUAUGUUUAUCACUUCUUAUAGAAUUCAGUAAUCACUAAACUAAGAAUUACAGUGAACUGAAAACUGAUUUUAAAAAUGCAGGCUAAAAUAGUCUAUCUGUGACUUUUGCUGAGUUGGACAAUGUUUCCAAACCUGCUAUAUUGGCCUCAAUGUAUCAAGUCAGUUUUCAAUUUACUACAAUUUCCUUUUAAUGAAUAAGGCCCUCUAUUGGUGCAGCCGGAGCAAAGUAUGUUCUGCGGGGCCCAAUACGUUGUGUGGAAACUAUGAACUAUAUUUUACGUUUCCGUAACGCUGGGCUACAUCAGAUCACACUGAAUGAGGUAAACAUAUGGAUUUAGCCUGAUCUGCUGUUUUUAUCAGUCUUUCUGCUCUCAAUACGAUCAAAGACUUUUCACAGGCCGUGAGAUGGUUUUUGUGGUUUAAGGUUUUUUACAACCAGCCCUGAAUGACGAGCCUGGAGGGAAAUUAUGAUGAUUUAAUUCGAAACUCUUACUGACAUGAGCUAACCCGAGAUAAGAGACAUUUCGCAGUAUUUUCUUUUUGUGAUUGAAGUAUAGAUUUUGCUAUUUCUUAAACAGAAUACAUCGAAAACAAUGUUGAAACGUGCAUUCUAUGUAUUAUUUUACUGGGUUCUUUAACCCCCCUUCAAAGACCUGUGAUAAAAUGAGAGGGGGUGCAAUCUUUUAAAGUCAAAGACGUUUGCAAUAAUAUAUUAUUUAUAAACAGUGAGUUGGCGAGAAAAAAAUCUCGUUCUACGGUGUUAUUAAAUUUCUUCUUUAGAUAUCUGCUAUUUCAGCAGAUAUUUUGUAGGUCAGUAAAGUACUCAUCAACACCCAUUGUCUAGCGCAGGACUACAUAAAUGGCAUACAUGGCUGUAACGUCGGAUGGUAAACUAGCUCAUAUCCUUCCUAUUCUCUACCUCUAAUGUGUAACAAGAAAUCCCAUGAAACUAUUCAAUAUUCUAUUUCCAGUGGAUUCCAAAUUCAGGUGCAGCAAAUAAUUUAUUGUGGGCUGUAGCCUAGGGCCACAGAGCCACUAAAAUAGCAUUGAAUAGAAUUAAAUAAACCAAAUUCUGGGACAAAACGCAGGGUCAUGAGCCACUAGUCUAGUGAUUAAAUCUCUUAAGAAUUAAUUCAUUAAUAUGUUAAAGUAGUAGAGUUCCACAGGUGUCACAAUGUAAGGUGAAGAAAAAUAAUUAUUUAUUGGAAAUCAAAAAGGACAAAAAAAGAUACAACGUUUCGGCCCAGAGGCCUUGGUCAUGUAUAUCAGGCCUCUAGGCCAAAAUUUUGUAUCUUUUUUGAUCUCCAAUAAAAAAAAAAAAAAUUGCCUUCACCUUACAUUGUGACGCCUGUGGAACUCUACUUCUUGUUGCUCCUGGUGGGCUGCGGAACCCCCUCCACAGAGCUCCUAUGUAAAUUUACUUGUGUGUUUCACUCCUUUGACUUUAUAUGUUAAAGGAACACUCCAAACACCAUAACCACUGCAGCAUGCAGUAGUGGCUAUGAUUCCUGAAGUGCCAUGGUCUGCCAUAAGAUUAGUAAACUCCCCUCCCUUUCAUGGCUUUACUGUUUAGUGAAUGAUCCCCUGAUUUGCAAACUAUUGGUAACAAGUUCUAACAACGUGACUCGGAUCACAAUGAUUGGUUUAACUUUCAAUCUGAGUAACGCCGACCCCACUGUUACUGUAACCAGUUCACAAUCCGAGACCCAAGUCAUCUCUGGCUGUGACCGUUAGUUUGCGGUCAUGAAAUUAAUUCUGCAUUAAAUCAUGCAGCUAGGAUGAUGCAUGCUGCCGGCGCCACACAAACUGAGCUUAGUACGCACACAGAUCAUGAAAGGAAUAACAAGUUAUUAGAUCAAUCGUUCUCAACCUCACGACACACUCACAGUCCCCGAUUUAUAGGAUAAUUCACUAAGGUAACAGUUGGAUUUUAAAUUCAGGGCCAAAAUAGCUUAAUUGGAAAAAGCUCCAUAUUAUGAAUGGUUUCAGUUUUUGCUAAUUUUAGUCGAAACUUUUAAAUUCACUCUAUUCACUAGUGAAUAUCUUACUCAUUUCCCUGUUUUGUUCCAAUUCAGACAUGAGUGCCCUAAAACUUAAACGGAAGCCACUCUGCUAGCAGAUAUUAUCCUCUCGAUGUUGGUUUCUGUGUUUUUUAACUUUGCAAAGGACAAAAAUAACUCAAGUGCGAUAAACCACAGAAAAAAAGUGUCCUUAAUGACUUCAUUCAUUCUCUUCCUAGAAACGUUAAGAGAAAGGUACGUGGCUAUAGUGGCUGAACACGUGUCUCACUGAGGAGUGUACAAAGCAGGGACGGUGUACCAGUAUGAACUUUAAGGAAGAUGUCAAGUUGAAGUAGAACCCUCUUCUUAAAUGUAUCAUGGCGCUAAAAUGUUAAAAAUAAAUAAUACAAAAAACAAUACAUCACAACUGCCCUUGUGUGCUGCAAAUCUGUGGUUUCUGUUAGGACUGGCAACUGGCUGUGAAUUUGAAGCCAAACUAGCAGCCCAGCAUGUUAGCAUGCACAUAUCGCAUGAUCUGGGGUAUUUGUAAUAAGUAAUCUCAUAUCACAACAUGCCUAAAAAAAUUGCCAUGGCUUUUUUUCCCCACGAAGGAUUCACUGUGCCCAGCAAGUGUGCCAUGGUACAUUAAUAUACACUGUGCCCAGCAAGUGUGCCAUGGUACAUUAAUAAACACUGUGCCCAGCAAGUGUGCCAUGGUACAUUAAUAUACACUGUGCCCAGCAAGUGUGCCAUGGUACAUUAAUAUACACUGUGCCCAGCAAGUGUGCCAUGGUACAUUAAUAUACACUGUGCCCAGCAAGUGUGCCAUGGUACAUUAAUAAACACUGUGCCCAGCAAGUGGGCCAUGGUACAUUAAUAAACACUGUGCCCAGAAAGUGUGCCAUGGUAGAUUAAUAAACACUGUGCCCAUCAAGUAUGCCCAUGUUUAAAGGCCCUAGCAACCUCGACUUGAAAUGCAUAGGAAAGUUGCUAUGUUCCCGCAGUGACCAAAUUUCAUGCAAUUUUGAUGCAAAGGUCACAGACAAACAGUUCCAUGAAUUUGGCAAGGAAACGGUUCAGGAUUUGUUUCCAAAAUGUAGCAAUAUUCAUACAUUUUAAAUUGCAUGUAUUCUCCACCACAUACAUGUAGUCUUAAAGCGGCACUGUCAUGCCAAACUUACAUUUCUUUAAUCGCUUUCUCCUCUCUCAGGAUCUGUUCUCUGUUUCUUCCUAUCUGAUCUAGAAUGAAACUCCGAUCCGAUUUUUUCUUUGCCUAGUGUGGCAAAAAUCCUUUCACCGGCCCUGCCCCUACUCGCUAUAUCGCGAGUAGAGACAUGUCUACUAAACAAUGAGCAGUCAGUGGCCCCACUUGCCACUCAUGAGUGGGGGCCAGGGGGGAGGACAAUAGGUCCCCCCCAUUUUCAUUUAGGGCCUCCACUCAUCACCCAUGGGUGGGGGCAGGGGGGGAGGACAAUAGGUGUUCCCCCAUUUUCAUUUAGGGCCCCCACCCGCCGCUAAUGCGUGGGGGCCAAGGGGGACCCUAUGUCCCCCAUUUAUUUGCAUAGCUCGUUUACAUUUUAUAAAGAGGGAGCUGCGCGCCAGUAGCUCCCUCCUUGUAAUAAACGAACGAACAAACGAAAACCGAUAUUCAGUGUUUGUUUGUUCGUCUGAAAUUUCUAUUCAUUCCUUCAUCUUUCUGACGAAUGAAUGAAUAGACGAAAUUCCCAAAGCGAAUGAUCAAGUGUAUAACUAGUGUGGGCAUAUGACGUGUCCCACAAGGACUUCAUCUACCCACACAAAGACGGGGCACCCAGGACCUAGGUCCGGGCACAAAAUGAAGAUUAAAUAAUAGAUAAUAUGGGGGCUUGGGGGCAUUUGGGGUGACUAUGGGGACAAGUAGAUGUAGUGGAGUUGGGAGGGGGUUUUUUAAAAAUAAAAAUAAAAAAUGGAUUCGGCCAUGACAGUGCUGCUUCAACACAGCACAGAGGACACAAAUCUUGUUCCUUAUACAGUAUAUCCCAUAACGUGUUCAGGAACCACAGAGUACUGUGCCCUGGGUGCCUCUUUCAGAGAGUAAUAUUCACUUAAGAGUUAGGUUUGAACGGCAUAGCAUGUUUACUCGUUUACAUACAAAUAUACACGUCUGAAAAAUGUAUGGAUAAUAUCGAACAAAAAAUUGCAAUUGUAGGUGCAUGGAAUAGCCUUUCAGAAGAAGUGGUACUUUCGCUAAUAUUGUAUUUUCAUUAAUCCAAUCAAAGUAAUAUCAAUAAUAUAUCAAUAACUUUUAUGUAAGCAUCUCUAGUACAUUUUGCAGUAAUUGCUUUUUAAAGAGCUGUCAUUGGUUCCGAGUACAAACACGAGAUUAAAGCCCUCAGAAUGUCAGUAGCCAAUCAAACGGCACAUGUGAGAAGCAAACUAAAUUAAAUGAUUUUAGGGAUCAGAUGGUAACAUGAUCAGAUGUGCUCCUUGGCCUUAAUUAGAAUUUAGAUCAACAUCAGACUGGCUUCUAAUAUAAUUUUAUAUAUAUAUAUAUAUAUAUAUAUAUAUAUAUGGUGUCUUCCAAAAACAUUGUAGCUCUACAGGACAAACAGCAUAGCAAUUUAUAUUCGUACUUUAAGCAUUACUGUAUUUUUUAAAUUACUUUUUUGUUUUUUUAUCUAAGGUGACAGAUGGACGUGUGACCUGUUCCAGUGCGGAAUAUUACAAUGAAAAGCUAGAGGAAUGUUGCGCAGUCUGCCAGACAGGUCAGUAAAUUUACCGUAUACUCCCACCAAUAAUAUAUCUAUACAGGAUGUGAUCACGUGGGUUUUUUACCAAUAUAUUGCAUUAAUAAUGUAUGAACCGGUCCCAGCAGUCCCUCUCAGUGUUUGGGAUUGCUCCCAGGAGUCUCUCUCUCUGUGUUUGGGAUUGGUCCCAGGAGUCUCUCUCUCAGUGUUUGGGAUUGGUCCCAGGAGUCUCUCUCUCAGUGUUUGGGAUUGGUCCCAAGAGUCUCUCUCAGUGUUUGGGAUUGGUCCCAGGAGUCUCUCUCUCAGUGUUUGGGAUUUCUCCCAGGAGUCUCUCUCUCAGUGUUUGGGAUUGCUCCCAGGAGUCUCUCUCUCAGUGUUUGGGAUUGGUCCCAGGAGUCUCUCUCACAGUGUUUGGGAUUGGUCCCAGGAGUCUCUCUCACAGUGUUUGGGAUUGGUCCCAGGUGUCUCUCUCUCAGUGUUUGGGAUUGGUCCCAGGAGUCUCUCUCUCAGUGUUUGGGAUUGGUCCCAGGAGUCUCUCUCUCAGUGUUUGGGAUUGGUCCCAGGAGUCUCUCUCUCAGUGUUUGGGAUUGGUCCCAGGAGUCUCUCUCUCAGUGUUUGGGAUUGGUCCCAAGAGUCUCUCUCAGUGUUUGGGAUUGGUCCCAGGAGUCUCUCUCUCAGUGUUUGGGAUUUCUCCCAGGAGUCUCUCUCUCAGUGUUUGGGAUUGCUCCCAGGAGUCUCUCUCUCAGUGUUUGGGAUUGCUCCCAGGAGUCUCUCUCACAGUGUUUGGGAUUGGUCCCAGGAGUCUCUCUCACAGUGUUUGGGAUUGGUCCCAGGAGUCUCUCUCUCAGUGUUUGGGAUUGGUCCCAGGAGUCUCUCUCUCAGUGUUUGGGAUUGGUCCCAGGAGUCUCUCUCUCAGUGUUUGGGAUUGGUCCCAGGGGUGUCUCUCUCACAGUGUUUGGGAAUGGUCCCAGGAGUCUCUCUCUCAGUGUUUGGGAUUGGUCCCAGGAGUGUCUCUCUCAGUGUUUGGGAUUGCUCCCAGGAGUCUCUCUCUCAGUGUUUGGGAUUGCUCCCAGGAGUCUCUCUCUCAGUGUUUGGGAUUGCUCCCAGGAGUCUCUCUCACAGUGUUUGGGAUUGGUCCCAGGCGUGUCUCUCUCAGUGUUUGGGAUUGGUCCCAGGAGUCUCUCUCUCUGUCUUUGGGAGUGGUCCCAGGGGUGUCUCUCAGUGUUUGGGAUUGGUCCCAGGAGUCUCUCUCAGUGUUUGGGAUUGGACAAUCUCAUAUCUUACUGGAAGGGGUGCUGUAGGAUGGGUGAUGUUUCCCAGGGGUGUCUCUCAAUGUUUGGGAUUGGUCCCAGGAGUCUCUCUCUCAGUGUUUGGGAUUGGUCCCAGGAGUCUCUCUCUCAGUGUUUGGGAUUGGUCCCAAGAGUCUCUCUCAGUGUUUGGGAUUGGUCCCAGGAGUCUCUCUCUCAGUGUUUGGGAUUUCUCCCAGGAGUCUCUCUCUCAGUGUUUGGGAUUGCUCCCAGGAGUCUCUCUUUCAGUGUUUGGGAUUGGUCCCAGGAGUCUCUCUCACAGUGUUUGGGAUUGGUCCCAGGAGUCUCUCUCACAGUGUUUGGGAUUGGUCCCAGGAGUCUCUCUCUCAGUGUUUGGGAUUGUUCCCAGGAGUCUCUCUCUCAGUGUUUGGGAUUGGUCCCAGGAGUCUCUCUCUCAGUGUUUGGGAUUGGUCCCAGGAGUCUCUCUCUCUGUGUUUGGGAUUGGUCCCAGUCUCUCUCAGUGUUUGGGAUUGGUCCCAGGAGUCUCUCUCUCUGUCUUUGGGAGUGGUCCCAGGGGUGUCUCUCAGUGUUUGGGAUUGGUCCCAGGAGUCUCUCUCAGUGUUUGGGAUUGGACAAUCUCAUAUCUUACUGGAAGGGGUGCUGUAGGAUGGGUGAUGUUUCCCAGGGGUGUCUCUCAAUGUUUGGGAUUGGUCCCAGGAGUCUCUCUCUCAGUGUUUGGGAUUGGUCCCAGGAGUCUCUCUCUCAGUGUUUGGGAUUGGUCCCAAGAGUCUCUCUCAGUGUUUGGGAUUGGUCCCAGGAGUCUCUCUCUCAGUGUUUGGGAUUUCUCCCAGGAGUCUCUCUCUCAGUGUUUGGGAUUGCUCCCAGGAGUCUCUCUCUCAGUGUUUGGGAUUGGUCCCAGGAGUCUCUCUCACAGUGUUUGGGAUUGGUCCCAGGAGUCUCUCUCACAGUGUUUGGGAUUGGUCCCAGGUGUCUCUCUCUCAGUGUUUGGGAUUGGUCCCAGGAGUCUCUCUCUCAGUGUUUGGGAUUGGUCCCAGGAGUCUCUCUCUCAGUGUUUGGGAUUGGUCCCAGGAGUCUCUCUCUCAGUGUUUGGGAUUGAGUCUCUCUCUCAGUGUUUGGGAUUGGUCCCUCUCUCUCAGUGUUUGGGAUUGGUCCCAGGGGUGUCUCUCUCACAGUGUUUGGGAAUGGUCCCAGGAGUGUCUCUCUCAGUGUUUGGGAUUGCUCCCAGGAGUCUCUCUCUCAGUGUUUGGGAUUGCUCCCAGGAGUCUCUCUCUCAGUGUUUGGGAUUGCUCCCAGGAGUCUCUCUCACAGUGUUUGGGAUUGCUCCCAGGAGUCUCUCUCACAGUGUUUGGGAUUGGUCCCAGGCGUGUCUCUCUCAGUGUUUGGGAUUGGUCCCAGGAGUCUCUCUCUCUGUCUUUGGGAGUGGUCCCAGGGGUGUCUCUCAGUGUUUGGGAUUGGUCCCAGGAGUCUCUCUCAGUGUUUGGGAUUGGACAAUCUCAUAUCUUACUGGAAGGGGUGCUGUAGGAUGGGUGAUGUUUCCUCAUUCUCCUCCCCAAAUCUCAGCUCCCUUGUUUGUUUUGUAGGAAAUAGCAAAUCCUGUGUGAAUUUUAAGAUUCUCAGUGGAUUGUUGAGACUAUCAGACAGGAUUAUUUACUAAAGCGAGAAUUCAGAGUGAAUUUAAAAUUUAAAGCCAGAGUAGCCGAACUGAAAUCAUGGGUUGAUUACAGAAUUGUUCUAGUUUGGCUACUUUAGGCUCCACAAAAAAAAUCCAGAGCACUUACAACAUUAUACAAACACGCCAGCUUGCUGUCAUUCUGGCGUGCAUGGGCUCUGGGUCAAUGUGCGUUGUCCAUGACUCUAAUUAUGCUAGUAUCAGACCUGACAAUGUUGGCAUGUGCUCUGGGUCAAUGCGCGUUGUCCAUGACGCUAAUGAUCCCAAUAUCAGACCUGACAAUGUUGGCCUGUGCUCUGGGUCAAUGCGCGUUGUCCAUGAUGCUAAUUUCCCAAUAUCAGACCUGACAAUGUUGGCAUGUGCUCUGGGUCAAUGCGCGUUGUCCAUGAUGCUAAUUUCCCAAUAUCAGACCUGACAAUGUUGGCAUGUGCUCUGGGUCAAUUUGCGUUGUCCAUGACGCUAAUUUCCCAGUAUUAGACCUGACAAUGUUGGCAUGUGCUCUGGGUCAAUGCGCGUUGUCCAUGACGCUAAUUAUCCCAAUAUCAGACCUGACAAUGUUGGCCUGUGCUCUGGGUCAAUGUGCGUUGUCCAUGAUGCUAAUUUCCCAAUAUCAGACCUGACAAUGUUGGCCUGUGCUCUGGGUCAAUGUGCGUUGUCCAUGAUGCUAAUUUCCCAAUAUCAGACCUGACAAUGUUGGCCUGUGCUCUGGGUCAAUGCGCGUUGUCCAUGAUGCUAAUUUCCCAAUAUCAGACCUGACAAUGUUGGCCUGUGCUCUGGGUCAAUGUGCGUUGUCCAUGAUGCUAAUUUCCCAAUAUCACACCUGACAAUGUUGGCCUGUGCUCUGGGUCAAUGCGCGUUGUCCAUGAUGCUAAUUUCCCAAUAUCAGACCUGACAAUGUUGGCAUGUGCUCUGGGUCAAUGCACGUUGUCCAUGACGCUAAUGAUCCCAAUAUCAGACCUGACAAUGUUGGCAUGUGCUCUGGGUCAAUGCGCAUUGUCCAUGAUGCUAAUUAUCCCAAUAUCAGACCUGACAAUGUUGGCAUGUGCUCUGGGUCAAUGCGCGUUGUCCAUGACGCUAAUUUCCCAAUAUCAGACCUGACAAUGUUGGCAUGUGCUCUGGGUCAAUGCGCGUUGUCCAUGAUGCUAAUUAUCCCAAUAUCAGACCUGACAAUGUUGGCAUGUGCUCUAGGUCAAUGUGCGUUGUCCAUGAUGCUAAUUUCCCAAUAUCAGACCUAACAAUAUUGGCAUGUGCUCUGGGUCAAUGCGCGUUGUCCAUGACGCUAAUUUCCCAAUAUCAGACCUGACAAUGUUGGCAUGUGCUCUGGGUCAAUGCGCAUUGUCCAUGACGCUAAUUUCCCAAUAUCAGACCUGAAAAUGUUGGCCUGUGCUCUGGGUCAAUGCGCGUUGUCCAUGACGCUAAUUAUCCCAAUACCAGACCUGACAAUUUGGCAGACAGGAAAGAAAAAGACUGAACCCGCAUCUCACAUGUUCUUUUCUUUUUAUUUAGGAUUUGAGAAACGUCAUUUGUGCAUAAAAGACCCAAGUAAGGAUUGCAAGCAGCCAUGCCCUAAGGGAUAUUACAUCAACUGGGAAGAUCGUCCAGCUAGAUGUUGCUACUGCGCCAAUUGCAAGCAAGGUAAUUCAUUCUAACGAUCGAGACUUGAGGUCGACUGCACCCAGCUUAGAUUAUAUUAUUUUCCUGCAAAUUUUAUCAAACUGCAUUUGAACAAUCCACCAGGGAGGAAAAAGUUAGCUAUUGAUGUUCUAAACAUUUCUCUUUCAGUGUAGAAUCCAUUUAGUAGAGAUAUAAAUAUGAGGCAGAGGCUACAGCUCCUGAAACAUUGGAAAGCACUAUUUCUAGAAGGUCAUGGUCACACUCAAAGUAUUAUUCUUUUAAUAUUCCUGUAAAAUGUAGAUUUUGGGGAAUUCAAAUUGAAUUUCAAAUUUUAAACCAAAAUAGCCAAACCGAAAAUAAAAAAAUCUAACUUUGAGAAUAUUUUCGAUUCAACAAUUUUGGCCUUAAAAUUUAAAAUGCUCUUUGAAUUUCCAAAAAGUCCCUUAAAUCAAUAACCCUGUAACCCUCUACCUAGGAAGUUAUGGGUUCACCUCAAAACAGCUAAGACUGGAGGUUGACACUUUUAUACCUCAAAACACUGUUUGGUUACCAUGGCAACCAGUGUAGGCCGCCUGUUAUAGAGUGUUUAGGAGUUUCAUAUCUCCUUUACUUUAUGUCUGUUCUGGUAACAAUGUUUAUGUGUCUUCCAGAUCCUGAUCUUAUAGAGGUACAACCUUGUUCCGCUAGUUCCAACGCAAUUUGCCAUUGUCGACCUGGUUUCUACUGUAAAACCCCUUUAGAGAAUACGUGUGCGCGGUGCGUGUCCCACCAGAAAUGUACGCCGGGAUUCAGGGUAAAGAAAGCAGGUAAUGGGUGCAAGAAAAAUGCUUAAAGGUCGACUCUACAACCACGCCCAAGGGUGGACAGAGUAAUGUAAAACUCGAACAGUUUUUAAACAAAUACUAUUCUAUAAAAUGAUAUUCUUCUUCGUUACGCACAUGCCGGUAUCACUAAUUAUACCACUUUCCUGUUGUAUAAAAGAGUUUUUAUUUCCUAUGUUAGUCUUGUGAUCUCUGUGAUUUUGCUUUAUCAUUAUUUGAACAAUGUGAGACAUGGUGGUUAUAGUGCAGAGAGUGAUGUAUCCAGGGCUGUAAUUAUGAGAUGCAGUGUUAUAGAUAAACCAAUAGGAUUAGGGUGGCUGUGGGUUAGGGAUGUUUAUCUUUAGGGGGAUUUGGUGUUAAUAGAGCCUACAAAUAAAUACUUUCUAGCUAACCUUAACUCUGGUGACACUGCCCUAUUGAGCACAGCGCCAUUCCCGCGCCAUUAAAUGAUGAUGAAUAAAUCUAAACUUUAUAUGCAAAUCCUGCAUGGCAGAGUUCCACGAGAGCAUUUUAGGGGAGGUUUAUCAAUCCACGCCAUGUGCUAUUCUGGGCACAAACUGCUAAAUGCUGAGACAUCCUACUGGUUCUCACUCUGAUCAUUCUGAUUAUUUAUCACUUUGUCCCAGAACAGCACUUGAUAUAUUUCACAUCGUCAAGAGGGGACUCCAUUUACUGGAUCUGGGCCAUUUCACUUUAUACAGAAAAGGUUUAUUAAACUGGAAAUUGAUUAAACUGCACAGUUCAGGCCUAAAAUCAGCUCGGUCAGUUUUGCACAAUUCUAGUUUAAUUUAGUGGGAAAAAAGCAGACGAAUAUAAUUAAUAAUAUGUGGUUAAAUUUGCCAAACAGGACAAAAGAGAUAAAAUACAUCUGAUUCUUUUUAAUUCAUAUUCACAUUUACUACUCUAGAUUGAAAGAUCAUAUGAACAGGGUCCCUCAUCUACCUAUUGUUCCUGGAACAAUUUGUAAUUCUCUCUUUAUUGUACAAUUCACCCUUAAUAAAGCACUGCUAAUAGACUGACACUGUAUAAAUACCAAUGAGAAUAAUAUAUGGUCCCAUACUACAUAGUAUGUAUAUAAAAACCGUCAAAUCAAUGUCUAUGUUUGCAGGGAACGCAUUCAAUGACACAGUGUGUGAAGAGUGUCCGCUAGGAUCACAUUCCAAUGGUUCUGAAGGAUGUAAAUCUCACACAACGUAAGGACUAACUCCAUGAAACCUUCAUAUGGCCAGGGAAUAGCCAUGGGUGGGAUCUCAGGGAAUUAUAUCACAUGGCUGGCUCCCUCCCAGACCUUCCCACCUCCUGGACAGCUCACUAAGAAUGCAGCUUCAAAAUGGAUGCUGUCCAGGAGGUGGGAGGGUCUGUGAGGGAGGGUCUGCUGCUGAUUGGCUUGAAUGUGUCAGCUGACUGGAGUCCGCGGCGAACCGUUCGUGGCGAACAGUUCGCGAACCGUUCAGCGAACAGUUCAGGACAUCACUAGCUGGGAUCUCAGGGUAUUAUAUCACAUGACUGGGAUCUCAGGGUAUUAUAUCACAUGACUGGGAUCUCAGGGUAUUAUAUCACAUGGCUGGGAUCUCAGGGUAUUAUAUCACAUGACUGGGAUCUCAGGGUAUUAUAUCACAUGGCUGGGAUCUCAGGGUAUUAUAUCACAUGACUGGGAUCUCAGGGUAUUAUAUCACAUGGAUGGGAUCUCAGGGUAUUAUAUCACUGGAUGGGAUCUCAGGGUAUUAUAUCACAUGACUAGGAUCUCAGGGUAUUAUAUCACAUGACUAGGAUCUCAGGGUAUUAUAUCACAUGGCUGGGAUCUCAGGGUAUUAUAUCACAUGGCUGUGAUCUCAGGGUAUUAUAUCACAUGGCUGGGAUCUCAGGGUAUUAUAUCACAUGGCUGGGAUCUCAGGGUAUUAUAUCACAUGGCUGAGAUCUCAGGGUAUUAUAUCACAUGGAUGGGAUCUCAGGGUAUUAUAUCAUAUGACUGGGAUCUCAGGGUAUUAUAUCACAUGGCUGGGAUCUCAGAGUGUUAUAUCACAUGGCUGGGAUCUCAGGGUAUUAUAUCACAUGGCUGGGAUAUUAGGGUAUUUUAGUCAAAAAGAAUAGAAAACACAUAAUUUUAUAUCAAAAGAAAAAUAACAGCAUUUGCAUUUUUUUCAGUCGACUUCUCAAACCAACAAUGCAGAAUUUUGUACGAAAUAAAACGAGUAAACGUACACCAGAUCUCUAUUUAACUGCCCACAAACCCCUCACAACCCGGCAUCAACAUGUGACUGUCAGUCACUCAAUGGCAACAACUGGAUCUGAUUCUGUGUCUUUGGUACCAACUGUUACGGCAGAUACUGGUAUGUAAAAUACAGUAAAAACUUUUCUUUUUACCAAUUUGAUUGUAAGUGUGCAUGCAACAGCCGAAAAGGAUAUGAGUAACUCUCACUGUCAGAAAGAUGUCUAAAUAGUAACUAAUAAUCAUUAUUCUGGCAAUGACAUAAUAGGAGGAUGUCCCCCAAUUGCCCAAUUAUUUCACAGCAGCAAACUGUGUGAUUCUGAAAUCCUGAGACUCGCCCUUAGAAACUUGACAUUAAUCUUGAAACCCUGUUAAUAUGGCCUGUGGCAGUGUGAGGGGACACUGCUAUAUUAGCCCCAGAAUGGCACUUUCGGUGUUCCCUGAAUGGAGGGGGUUAAAAAUCAGGUUGCUUUAGUACAUCAAUUAGGGAGCUACAUAAACCCUAUGCAGAGGGAAAUCAGUCUCUCCUGUGAAGAGCUGGGGUAGAGACAGAGAGACUGCUGAAACUGUGUGGAAAGUAAAGGUAUUUUGCAAGCCUUUAUUUUUAUUUGUUAAACUACUGGGGUCAGCUUUUUGCCCAUGCACACGGGAGCCUGCCCAUUCAUUUUGAUAAUCUUCCCAUUGACACAGACAUCCUGAUACAUUCUAUUACUGCUUCAGGUUCCAAGACACUUGUAAAAUACCUCGCCUGUUAGUGUAUACUCCCCUAACACGUGUACCUUUUCUGAUAUGUGUAUACCUUUCCAGGUACUUUGUUUCCGUGGUACAUCGUGGGGGGGAUUAUCUGUUUACUAAUCCUGGUAAUAAGUCUCAGAUUUGCUUGGAAGCAGAAUAUUUGGAAAAUGAAACCAUUGAUUUCAAAUCAGAAAGGUAAGAGAUUAGCUAAUCAUUUUCAGACAUUUCAUCACAGAGGAUCCUUUUUUUCUGUUUAGUAACAUUAUAAAAUAAACCGUCACAGUCAGAGAAUGCAGCAGGAAGUAUCUAAGGUACCGGCCACCAACUGACCUAUUGAUGCACCCCUUACCGGUAUUUAUCUACAGAUUAUUUCUUUAUUGAGGUUCUUUGAAUUCAACUAAUUGCACCAACUCACAUUGCUAGUAUAAUGGAGGGGCGUCAAGAAUCCCUUGCUGCUGAUAACAUCAUCAAAUGUCAUAGUGUAGUCACCACCAGAAGUCAUAGUAACAGUCAACCACUAGUAACUGCCACAGUAUCAGUUAGUCAGCACUAAUUACCAUGCUACUCGUUACAAACAAUCAACUGCCAUAUGGACAUUCACUCCCCAUCAACUGCCAUAUGGACAUUCACUCCCCAUCAACUGCCAGAAUGAACAUUCACUCCCCAUCAACUGCCAGAAUGAACAUUCACUCCCCAUCAACUGACAUAUGGACAUUCACUCCCCAUCAACGGCCAGAAUGAACAUUCACUCCCCAUCAACUGCCAGAAUGAACAUUCACUCCCCAUCAACUGCCAGAAUGAACAUUCACUCCUCAUCAACUGCCAGAAUGAACAUUCAUUCCCCAUCAACUGCCAGAAUGAACAUUCACUCCCCAUCUACUGCCAGAAUGAACAUUCACUCCCUAUCAACUGCCAGAAUGAACAUUCACUCCCCUUCAAUUGCCAUAUGGACAUUCACUCCCCAUCAACUGCCAUAUGGACAUUCACUCCCCAUCAACUGCCAGAAUGAACAUUCACUCCCCAUCAACUGUCAGAAUGAACAUUUCACUCACCACCAACUGCCAGAAUGAACAUUCAUUCCCCAUCAACUGCCAGAAUGAACAUUCACUCACCACCAACUGCCAGAAUGAACAUUCACUCCCCAUCAACUGCCAGAAUGAACAUUCACUCCCCACCAACUGCCAGAAUGAACAUUCACUCCCCACCAACUGCCAGAAUGAACAUUCACUCCCCAUCAACAGACAUAUGGACAUUCACUCCCCAUCAACUGCCAGAAUGAACAUUCACUCCCCAUCAACUGCCAGAAUGAACAUUCACUCCCCAUCAACUGCCAGAAUGAACAUUCACUCACCACCAACUGCCAGAAUGAACAUUCACUCAGAUUGUUGUUCACGAAUACCAAAAACAUAUAAUGUAGCGCAAAUUCACAAUCUUAAUGUCUUCAUGUUCCCUUUAGGCUCUAUACUGCAUAUCAAAAGCCUUGAAUAUUAACAUAGGUAUCGGUGUGACAAUCAUGAACAACCGAAAAAGGCAAAUGCUCUGCCUGUGUGUAUUCACAAGGAACAUGAUGAUAUUUUUUAAUUAAUUAUGACACUUCUUAAAAAUGCCACCUGAAGUUAAAAAUAAUCUGUUUGUGCUGUUGCAUAGAGUUACUUACAUAAUAUUUAAUAACUGUUAUUUUAUUUUAUUUCAAUAUCUUUUUAAAAUUCUACAUUUCUUUUGCAGGUCUUCAGCUUUAUAAAUUCCCUUCUGUAAGUAUAUUUAUUGUGCGAAUUAUACAAGUAAAAUAAGGGUUUAUGUAACAUCACCGUAUAUGCAAUACAAGUUAAUUAAAAUCUAUUUUACAAACAUGCUAACUGGCUGGCACUAACAGUGCUAAUAAUUUAUUAAAAUGUUUUACUUUUUAUUGCAGUUUGAGAUGGGCUGAAUAUUCUCUUAUAUUUGGAUGAGCUUUUCAAAUGAUUCAAUCUUUUUGAAUAAACUUUUUUUUAAAGUAUAAAAAAAUAUACCAAUAUAUAGGAAAAAAAAAUUAAAUAUUCAAUCAGUUUAAACAUUUAGCCAAAAAUAGUAAAUCGAGGCCUUCAAUAUUUUUCCAGUUCAAAUUUGCUAAUUUUUUUACAUUUCUCUGAUUUAGGGAAUUAACCCUUUUGUGUGCAUCGCUAGUUAUGACAUGAAAUCGGUCGGAAUUUUGACAAAGUUGGAUUCUGACAGUUUUCCACAAACUCCCACAAUGCACUGCCAGACUAAUCCUAUGAUCCGCUACUGCAGUGUGUCCGGCAACGUCCCUGGCAAUUAGCUCCAAAAUGUUCAAAGGAGGUUGGAAUUACUAAAUAGACCACUAGGGGGCACCAGCCCAGGGGAUUAGCAAAGCCUGUUUGAUUAGACUCAGUACGCACAAGAGGGUAUCAUACUUUGUGCAUAGGUCAUCUGUACUCAUAGAGCAUAGAGCAUAGCGUGUCUACUUGAAUCUAACUUUAUUGGCAAAAUAAAGUUUCCAAAAUUUGAAUGCACAUAAGAUCCGAUGGUGCAUUAGAUUCCAGUAUGGGGCAAAAUUUGCAUUUCCCCUUUCGUACUCUCAAUCUAAUGUGCCAAAAUCCGCUGCAUUUCAUAAUUUUUCAAUUCCAAAACCUAUCCCAACAUAGAGCAAGGAUCAACUUUACUUAUUCUACAUCUCUGAAAAACAGCAAGACAGAAUGUGGACCCAAUGCCACAGCAAAGCAGAUAAAAAAUGAUAAGCUGAAUAUUGCGCACUUUGAAGUAAAUUUACUGAAUCCAUGCUUGAGAAUACCCCAAACUCUCCAGUAACUCAGUAAGAUUAGCCCAAGCCUAAAAACAUUGCUAGCUCUGCAGGUUCCAUCUAUUUGUAGUAAUCUCUGUAGUGGCCACACUUUAAUUUAUUACUGAACAAUCUGUAGGCUACGUAUUAUGAAACUGCACAUGAUCAUUUUCCUCUAAAAUACCUCAAAAUUCGCAUCACUGCUAAGGGAUGCGAGCAAGACUUGGUGGUUUCUGUGUACACAUCUUCUUGUACAAAUGUGCAAAAUCAUUUUUUGGCUUCCAGGUUUCAAAAAUUGAAGUGCGCAUUAAAUUAGAGUAAGUACGAUAUUAUUGGUUUUAAGGUGACAUUCUAAAUGUUCGGUGGCAUCGGUAACUUUCAACAGAAGCAACCUGCAACCUACAAUAAAAUAACAGUUUGGAUAAAUCAUUUGCUUUAUAUUUAAAAUGGCUAUACAGUAUCUCACAAAAGUGAGUACACCCCUAAGUGGAAAUGUCCAAAUUGGGCCCAAAGUGUCAAUAUUUUGUGUGGCCACCAUUAUUUUCCAGCACUGCCUUAACCCUCAUAGGCAUGGAGUUCGCCAGAGCACCACAGGUUGCCACUGGAGUCCUCUUCCACUCCUGCCCAUGACGACAUCACGGAGCUGGUGGAUGUUAGAGACCUUGCGCUCCCCCACCUUCCGUUUGAGGAUGCCCUACAGAUGCUCUAUAGGGUUUAGGUCUGGAGACAUGCUUGGCCAGUCCAUCACCUUUACCUUCAGCUUCUUUAGCAAGGCAGUGGUCAUCUUAGAAGUGUGUUUGGGGUCGUUAUCAUGUUUCAAACACUGCCUUGCAGCCAAGUCUCCGAAGGGAGGGGAUCAUGCUCUGCUUCAGUAUGUCACAGUACAUGUUGGCACUCAUGCAGGCCCAGACUAUGACACUCCCACCACCAUGCUUGACUGUAGGCAAGACACACUUGUCUUUGUACUUCUCACCUGGUUGCUGCCACACAAUCUUGACACCAUCUGAACCAAAUAAGUUUAUCUUGGUCUCAUCAGACCACAGGACAUGGUUCCAGUAAUCCAUGUCCUUAGUCUGCUUGUCUUCAGCAAACUGUUUGCGGGCUUACUUGUGCAUCAUCUUUAGAAGAGGCUUCCUUCUGGGACGACAGCCAUGCAGACCAAUUUGAUGCAGCAUGCAGUGUAUGGUGUGAGCACUGGCAGGCUGACCCCCCCACCCCUCCAACCUCUGCAGCAAUGCUGGCAGCACUCAUUUGUCUAUUUCCCAAAGACAACCUCUGGAUAUGAUGCUGAGCACAUGCACUCAACUUCUUUGGUCGACCACGGCAAGGCCUGUUCUGAGUGUAACCUGUCCUGUGAAACCACUGUAUGGUGUUGCCCACUGUGCUGCAGCUGAGUUUCAGGGUCUUGGCAAUCUUCUUAUAGCUUAGGCCAUCUUUAUGUAGAGUAAGAAUUCUUUUUUUUCAGAUCCUCAGAGAGUUCUUUGCCAUGAGGUGCCAUGCUGAACUUCCAGUGACCAGUAUGAGAAAGUGUGAGAGCGAUAACACCAAAUUAAACACACUUGCUCCCCAUUCACACCUGAGACCUUGUAACACUAACGAGACACAUGACUCUGGGGAGGGAAAAUGGCUAAUUUGGCCCAAUUUGGACAUUUCCACUUAAGGGUGUACUCACUUUUGUUGCCAACGGUUUAGACAUUAAUGGCUGUGUGUGGAGUUAUUUUGAGGGGACAGCAAAUUUACCCUGUUAUACCGGCUAUACACUUACUACUUUACAUUGUAACAGAGUGUAAUUUCUUCGGUGUUGUCACAUGAAAAGAUAUAAUGAGAUAUUUACAAAAAUGUGAGGGGUGUACUCACUUUUGUGAGAUACUGUAUGUAUUUUUUUUAACAAAUUAUUAUUCCUGUCUUGUUUUGAUACCCUCUGUAUCGCUGUCAGUGAUAAUCUAUACCUAUCACAUUUGCCCUUUACAGAAAAAAAACACAAAUCUGUUUAAGUACAGAGAGGAACAUAUGAAGGAUGGUUUGCUCUGCAAGGAAAAUACCGUCCCAGAGCCAGACGUUUUCGUGAAGAGAGAGACGGACACGCAGAGUGACAGUGAGCGCUUUCUACGAGAUAAGCCGGAUGUUCACGACAGGGAUCACUUGACUAACAGAAUAGGUGAGAUUUAUAAAGAAUCUACACAGCCGGGAAGGUAUAGCUACAUAUGUAGCUAUGACAAUGCAUAAAGUGCAAGAAAAAUGUUCGUUUAUGAAAGUACUCUGCUGACACAUACUGAACAACUGCUAUGGAGAAUGGGUUAUUUGCAUAUUUGGAGAUUUCAUAAAAGUGACAUAUUUAUAGAGAAUUGACGAUCUGACCUAAAAAAAAAAGUGCCACAGAAAUUCCCCCGCAGCAGGAGGCUUCUGACAGAUUAAGCAAGUUCAGACUGGCCGAGCCUAGUGGGUGAUGUAACUCGCCAACAUCCCUGGUUUGGACCAUCAACCCCUUUUAGGCAUUGAACACCUAGUACCGGUAUGGAAUGUCCAAGGGGCAGAGGUUGGACCCCACUUACUAUUAGUCCCCUCUACCUUAGUAAACAUCAGAUUGAGAAGGCUCCUCGUUGACCAAGUAGUGGAAGAGAUCUCUGAUGUUGCAAGUUCUCAAUAUGUUUGAGAAAGGGGAAAGUCACUGACAUUCCUUGAACAAAAAAUAAAAUAAUAUUAAGAGUACUUUCAAUAGUAUCACAGUAAUAUGUAACAUGCCCAAAAACCCAACCUGAUUUCAUGUUUUUCUGUUUUUUGUUUUGUAUAGAAAAGAUCUACAUUAUGAAGGCUGACACGGUGCUUGUGGGAUCGAUCUCAGAAGUUCCAAACCGUCAGAUAACUGUAUCCAGUGAUUCUGAGAGUCAUUCAGCUCAAAUAACUGUAUCGAGCGAGUAUGAAAGUCAUUCAGAUCAAUGUAAAGAGAACACAAUGUUUGCGUCACAUUACCCCCAACAGGAAUCCGGCAAAGGUCCAGUAAAUGACCUAAUGCUUUCGAUUGAAGAGGAGGGAAAGACCAAAAAUGAUUCUUCGAGUCUGUGUGUGUGACAGAGGGACAAUCCACCGUGAAAUGUUUGUCUUGGCAGUCUGCAGAUGAAUCAUCUGUGAGAUUUCAGUCUGACGUGACAGAGCUACUUGCUCAACAGGGAUUUAAUAAGGAUGCCAAGUGAUUGUAGUUACGUCAGGGGAAGUCAUAGAUGGACCUGAAUACAAAGGAUCCUGGGAAACAAACUCCCAACCUAUGACCAACAUCACCUCUCGAAAGUGGUUAUGAAUGGGCCAGAGUGUUGGCUGCGCAGAUCAGUUUAAUCCUGUCAGGAAUACAUGCACUGCACAUGUUUGUAGGUCAACUAUCAUGUAAUCACAGGAAUUGUGAAGAUAAAUGGAUUUUGCAGUGUUUUUAUUGUUGUUUUUUUUUAAACUGAUGUACAUGGAAGAUUGUGGUGUACAGAGGUGGUUUUGUCGCCACUUGCACCAUAGCUGGCCACAUGUGGUCCCUUUGCUCUCGCUGUAGAACAGGUCUCAUAAUUUGACUUGCAGGGAAUUAUGGGAAAGGUAGUACAAUGACAGUCAUUGGAUCAUGGCCCGGAUAUUUGCAUCAAUAAUAAAAUGUUGCAACUGGC